AUGUCCUCGUCCAUCUCGCAGUUCUACAUCCUCUCCACACGAGGCGACACGAUCAUCUAUUCGGACUUCCGGGGCGACGUGUCGAGCACCUCGGCUGAAGUGUUUUUCCGAAAAGUGAAAUUCUGGGACAAGGGCGACGCGCCCCCGACGUUCUUCGUCGACGGCGUCAACUACCUCUACGUCAAGAAGAACGGACUGUACUUUGUCGCGACGACGCGGUACAACGUGAGUCCGAGUUACGUGCUGGAGCUCCUCACGCGCCUCUGCCGCGUGUUUAAAGACUAUUGCGGCGUCCUCAGUGAAGAGACGCUCCGGAAGAACUUUAUCCUGUGCUAUGAGCUCCUGGACGAGACGCUGGACUAUGGAUUCGCUCAGGAUACGAGCACAGAAGGACUCAAGGUGCACGUGCACAAUGAAGCCAUUCUCGUGGGGGACGCCAUGCUGUCGAAACCCAAAGCCAGCUCGAAAUUCAUGAACCGCAGCUCCAACAUCAAAGCAGCGAGUGCCGUGAAAAAGCCCGUGGCCACGGCGGGACAGAGUUCGAAGAAACAGGACGAGAACGAGCUGUUUUGUGAUAUUCUAGAACGUCUGAACGUCGUGUUUUCGUCCGGGGGGCAGAUGCUCAAUGCAUCGAUUGAAGGACGGAUUCAACUCAAGAGCUACUUGUCGGGGAACCCCGAGCUGCGACUUGCGCUGAAUGAAGACCUGGUCAUUGGCAGCUCGGGCGCGCGACAGUAUGGACAAGUCGUGCUGGAUGACUGCAAUUUUCACGAUUGCGUGCAGCUGGACGAGUUUGAGCGCGACCGCGUGCUGAUUUUCCAGCCACCGGACGGCGAAUUUACCGUCAUUAACUAUCGCAUUACGGGUGACUUUCGUGCGCCUUUCCGGAUCUUUCCAUUCGUGGAGGAACUGUCGCCCACGAAGAUUGAGAUGGUGCUCAAGAUACGCGCGGACAUGCCCGAGAAUAACUACGGCGCGAAUGUGAUCAUUCGCUUCCCUGUUCCGCAGUCAACGGUGGCUGUCUCGUGUGACAUUGGCAAGAACUCGGCUGGUCAAUUGGCAGAGUACCGCGAAAACGAGAAUCAAGUGCGUUGGGCGAUCAAGCGCUUUACUGGUGGCUCGGAGCUGACGCUGCGUGCCAAGCUCACACUGGGCCAGCCAAGCCCGCACGUGCGGCGGGAAAUCGGCCCCGUCAGCAUGAACUUUGAGAUUCCCAUGUACAAUACAUCAAGUCUGCAGGUACGUUACCUGCGCAUCCCGGAGCACGCGCGUCACCCGAACUACACGUACAAGCGAUGGGUGCGCUACGUGACGCAAUCCAGUUCGUACGUAUGCAGGAUUUAG